AUGGAUGGGGUGUGGGGGCGACCAAGCGCAGUAGACGAGGAGGCAUGGUCUGCCGCUCCACCCAGCUUUAAUCCACCUGUGCGGCGCGUAGACCCUCUUACUCUUACCGCUGUGGAAGUGGAGAUUGAUGGGAUCAAGAAGCUGGUGGGCCAGCGGGUUCAGGUGUCGGGGCUGUCCGACGAAACCACGUGGCACACACUGAAAGAUCAUUUACGUCAGACGGGUGAGGUGACGUUCUGCAAGGUAUUUUCGGGCGGGAGAGCGGUGGUUGAGUUCGUCACACCAGAGGAUGCAUCCCGCGCCAUUACAGAGCUGCAGGCUUCGGAGUUAGAGGGCGCAACCAUCUUCCUUAGGGAAGACAGGGAGGAUACCGUUCUUGUAAACACACGUAAAAAAAUAAGGGAGGCGCGAGAUGCUCAGCUUCGUGCGCGUAAGGAAGAAGUGGAGCAGCGACGGCGAGAGCAAGCUGUUGCGGAGGGCGACGUCCCCUCAUUCACGCCUGCACCCGCGGCAGAGGCGGCGACAGCCAAUCCACAGACCUAA